AGCAGGUGAGGAGGGUGUGGUGAGUGAGUGUGUGGGGAGGCGGAGAUUCCCACGCAGUUUACUCUCGAGUGUCUGUCAGGGCCCCACCCGGUCCCACAUACCUACCCACCCCAACUCCCUCCCAGCACUAGUCCUUCCUGUCAUCUCCACCUCCCUCUAUGACCCAGCUUUGCUUGCCCAGGCCCAAAGGCCCUGCUUAUCCUAUCCCAGUCCCUCCCAGGGGCCUGAGUGCUGGGGAGGGGUCGAAUAGUCCAGUAAGUCCAUGUAUGUCUCCCUGGGGCCUUAGCCCGGCCCAGCUCUGGGACAGUGUCCUAGGGCUGGGGGCACUGGGACUGACAGUUCGGGCAGUCUUUUCCACGGCUGGCCCAGUCUUGCUGCUGCUGCUGCUGCUGCUACUGGUCAGCUUCCUGACCUUCGACCUGUUCCACUGCCCCGCAGGCCCCGUCCAACCACAGCACAUACUUCUCACAGGCCAGAGUCAGGGGGCCGGUGAGGGCCCAGGACUGCAGGAGGCUGUACUCCUGCCUACGGUGGCAGUCACGGGACAACUCAGCCCCCAGGAGGCUCUGCUACUGCUGCUCCUGAGCCUGGGGCUACUCCUGGGAGCCUGCAGCGUGCCCUUGGCCCUGCUUGGCCUGGCUUUCUACCUCCAUCCUUGGAUCUGAGUGCCCUCCAGAAAUACACUGGCAGUGUUGCUUCCCCAGAUCGCCUUUCCUCUGUUGUGGGUGGAGCAGGCAGGAGGGUACCCCUUUAUCUCCAGUCUGAACCACAGGGGACCUUCAGCUCCACAAUGUGGACAGUGGAUACCCGGGUCUGAGUCUGAGGACAGCAACAGAAGGCUCUAGAAAGAGCCCACUGACAGAAACCUAUCUGGGAGAAGGCCGUCCAGAAGUCCCAUGAGACCUCAACUAACACCUCUCGCUCCUUUCUGCUCAGGCAUCCCCCACUCCCUAGACUUCUUCCCUUCUGCCUUGGUGAGCAUCCCUGAGUCUGGGAGAUGGGCCACUACUAGGGUAGUGAGGAUCCCAGAAGAGACCUACUCUAAGUUUCCUAAGGUCUGUUAUGGAAAAAUGAACAAGAAGUCCCAUUUCCUCACUUAAACAAUGUGCGGCCAUGGCCAACCAA